AUUAAUAGUGGAAUUUAUGAACCAUAAACCCUACUUUUGUAACGUGAAAACACUAACAUAUCAAAGGGAGUAAUGGGAGACCAUAUUACAUCAAACCGAAAGAAGACUGAAGAUAAUUACAGUAGUUUGCCGGAUGAUAUCAUCUCCCACAUAUUAUCAUUCACCAACGGCGACGCCUCCUUCGCCGUCAGAACCAGUAUUUUGUCAAAACAAUGGAGAUAUUUUUGGCUCACACUCGACAUUUUCCAGAUUUAUUAUUCUCACAGCGGAACCAAACCAGAAAUAUAUAUGAAAUCGUUCGUAAAUUUCGCGAACCGCGUUUCGAUUAAUGUUCGUGAGUUGACUGUGUCUUGUCAUGUCGUCAAGGCUCUUUGUGACUCGUUAUCCGUCCCGAGUUUUCCUAAUUUGACUCGGUUGACGGUUCUCCAUUACGGCGGUGCUGCAGCGUCGUAUUUGCCUGCAUUCCUGUCUCUGACACCGAAUCUGAAAUUUAUCAAAAUCAGCAAGCAGGGAAGUAGGAAACGUAUGAUUUCUAAACUCGAGUUGAAGCAUGGAAAAAACAUUGCUCGUUGUUUAGAAUCGUCGCUCGCAGUAGCGGAAAUUGAAGGAUUAGAUGUUGCAGGAGGUAUGAUGGAGAUGGUAGAGUAUUUCCUCAAAUAUGGUAAGUUUUUGAAUAGCGUUGCUGUAAUUGGUUAUGAUUUUGGAGUUGCAAAAGAACUAUUAAGGUUUUCAAGAGCUUCACCCACCUGUGAGGUUGUAGUGACGGGUCCUGAACGAUUCUACCUAUGAAACACCACCCUUAGUAUAAAACAAUUUUUUUAAUGUAAAAGAACUUUUAUUUUUUUAAUAUAAAUAGCAUCCGACUAUUAGAG